AUGACAGGACGAGCGUCACGAGAUUCAGCGUUCAGGACGGCUCUGCGGCCGCCGCCACAGCUACCUCAGCCACCGCUUUGUCUCCAAGCCCUGGCGCGCCCUCCCCCCCUCCCCGGUCUGGUAGGGCGAAGGAGCGGGCGUGCGGUCGAUCGAGCGAUCGGUUGGCGGCUCUUUCUCCUGCUCUGGCAUCCAGCUCUUGGGGCGCAGGCCCGGCCGCCGCGGCGCGCGCCCGGUGGCCGUUGGCGCUCGCGCCGCGUCUUUCUUCUCGUACGCAGAACUCGGGCGGCGGCCUAUGCUUUUGCGAUCCGACGAGGGGUCGUCCGGGUGGUUGGCGGCGGCGGGCAACUGCUCCGCCCCGCUCCCGGGGAGGCGGCGGGGGAGGCUGGGGUGGCCGGGGCCGGCCUGGAGGCCUGGCGCCACCCUUCAGGGCCUGCUAGGACCCAGUUGGAGGGUCAGGAGGGAGCUGGAGGAUGGUUGGUGGUGGGCUUUCUCCUUUGCCUUUUCCUGCUUAUGCCACCUUAGUGGGGAGCGAGAGCUCUGGCGGCAGCUCCGGGGUGGGGAUUCGAGCUCCGGAGUCGGAAGAUCUGGGUUUGCUUCCGGGCCUAGCCACUCGCUGGCCGAGUGACCUUAGGCAAGUCACUCUGUAAUUUGUCUGCGCCUCAGUUUCCUCCUCUGCCUAUCAGUGUGUGUAUGGAAUUGGAAGCUCUCUUCAAAAGUGUCGGUUUACAUAAAGAUGAUUAUUGUUUUUAUUUUUCUUUGAGUUGCAAGAAGACAUAGCAAUUGCUCAUUCCCUGAAAUUAAAUUCGGGAACCUUUUAUUGGAGUUGGAGAUCGGGAGGUUCUCAGAACUUCUUCUGUACAGAAACACGUGAGAAAGUGUUUCCUAGGGGAAUGAGUAGAUCCUUCAGUAGCAAGUUUUCAAAGGGGGCUGUGAUUCAGAAGAGUUUAGAACAUUUUUUGCCACCGGGAGGAAACUGAGGCCUACAUGUCAUUUGGGACCCUUCACAACCAAUAUGAAGCCCCCAUUUGAGUCCCUGGUAUAUGUGAGCUGCUUCUUAAUGCAUAAUGGCUGUUUCAGGUAACAUCACUUCACUGCUUGGCUUUCAUUCUAAGCCCUUUCCUCUGACCAUAGGGUGCCUGAAGAGUAGCUGAUGCAUAUGGUACAAUGGCACCCAAUACAAAGCAGCUACGAUUAGGAGUGAAUGUGUUCUCUAGUAACAAGAAGUGUAAUCUUUGGCCCAGGAUUGUUUUCUGCUGCUCGUACUGGUGCCUGACUACUUUUCUUUCAUUAACUAUUUUUUACAACCAUGAUGGGCAUCCAUUAUUUGCUCCUAUUUUGUAUCCCUGGUUUGCGUGGUUGAUAGUGAACAGGCUUAUUUUUAAAUGGUGCUGCCAAAACCAGUUAAUGGUGCACAUGGAUUUUUAGAAAGCGGGCUCCUUGGAACAGACUGAACCAGGCGUUGGAUUCCUGAAGAUGUUUGGGAUUAUUUUUUUUUGUUGUUUUUUUUGUUUUGUUUUGUUUUUUAAAUUGAAGGUUAAAAGUUUUUGAAAAAGCUUUGUUGGACUCUGGCUGAAACACAAAAUCAAUAUAUUUGGAAUCAUUUUGAAGCUUAACUUUUUCCUAGCCAGCCUUGUAUUCUAAUUGCUUGCAAAUGUGAGACUGAAUGGCCAAAAUACCGUUUGUUUGUUUGUUUGUCAGCUGCUUUUUAUCAAAUUCCAGGCCAUUAUCCAGCAAACACUAUUAAAAUGUUUGAACAGUUGGGUUUCAAACAUUUUUGUUUUGUGGAGUGGUGCUUAUCAAGUGGUACAGCUCUCUAAGCAAGUGAACACAAACAUAUUUAAGUGUAUUUUGUAUGAUUAGAUGUUACCAAUUCUGAUAUUUUAUUCAAAUGUCUAAAAAAGUAAGUUGACUAUUCCCUUUACCAAAGGGCCAGAGACAAAUGGUUUCCUUUCAAGAGAAAUGACAGUUUUGAAGAAAAACUGUGUUGGUCUUAGCUCUUUUGUAAUUAAGUCUGGAUGUACCUCAAAAGACUCUUUAAGACUGUGGUGUUAAAAGGCUUUCCUCUGGAGAAGGAGAAAAAAAAAUCAACUGGAACUUAAAAGCUUGAAAUUCCAUAACAAAACACAGAUGUCCAGGAUUGGAGGUUCAUGAAGUAUUUGCAGGAGUUGGGAGUGGAUACACUUUCCAGUGUAGCUGCCAUCAUAGACUCCAGGCUCCCAGAGUUUCAAGAACUGGACCUGUGAUCUAGAAGAACUUGUCAAGAUAUGACAGGAACUCUGGAGGUGGACGUUUUGUAUUCGAUUUUGGAACUGUUGAUUUUGCUGUGAGUAAAGAGGCAACGACUCACCAAGCACUGCCACCAGCACUGUUACUGGGAACUUGAAGACCCAAGUUUCUGUCCAGACCAUCAGUGCAAACUGACAACACUCCAUCCAAAGUGAACUACGUCCCGUGCCUCCUGAUUGCUGAAUGUUCACCUGGACCCUCCAAUGACCUUCCUUCUGCUACUCCAUCAGCCUACAGACCUGGUACUUGGAUUUUUGUCCGUGGUGAUUCCUACCACCUUACUACUGAAGAAGACACCAUUCCAGUGGACCACUGUGACCCAAGAAGCAUUCAGCCAUCAUGAUGUGGCCUUUACCUCCACUCCUGUCCUAUUCUGUCCAGAUUCAGCACAGCCCUUUAUAGUGCAGUCAAGAGUCUUCAAGCCAAAUAACUGAAGCUAUUUUAUCACAACAAAGGCCAAGUUUAUUCCAUAAAUGUACAGUUCAUUUCUGCAGUUUAUUCUUCAGAGACACACAGUAAACUUGGACCAGGGGAUUUUGUUUUGUUUAUAUUGUCAACACUGAAGAAAGGCAUCAUCUCUGAGAAUAACAUUGGACCCUACUCCACAAUCUCAAAUGAUUGAAGUUUCAUGAACUGCCUGGGAUCCUGUCAAGGCCACUGGACUCUUCCUACUUCAAAUCUGUAGCUGUCUACUGAAUGAGAAAGCAGAUAUUCUGACCCAUUGGGAUCAAAACCAAGGCAUAUUGAAUUCCUCAUAGUAUCAUCUUCGGGUUGCUCAGGAACCAAAGCUUUUCACACCAAUUUAAGAAAUUCUACUGAGGAAUCCCUUUACCUAACCAUCUUACAAGGCUUCAACCAGAUUCCUGAAAAGGCCUCUUGAUAUAUCAAGAUAGAGCCUACAUGCAUUUUGUGAACAACUUAUCACUGAUUUUCCAAAGGCUUUGUGCUCAUGAAGUUCUUUGAAGGAAAACUAUGUGGAAGUCCAGAGUAAAGUGAAGCUGCUCUGGAUGAAGUAGUGAAGUGGGAGUUGAGGUCUACAACCUGCCACAACCAUCUUCCUUUACCACCAUGGUGAUGCCUAAAGGGACUUCCUUAUGAAAAAUUCUUCAGAAAAUUCUGCUUGAAAUCACUGCCCUAGACAACAUGUUUGGCAUUCCUUUUAUGUACUUCUAACUCAAAACAGUUCUUCAGUUGAUGCACAACAUGUUUGGAGAUGCUUUAUCCAGAGAAUGAUGAUAAUACAGCAUUGUCUAAUGAAGUUUUAUUAAUAGCAUUCCAUCCAAGUGGACUUCCUGGAGUUGGAUAGAGCCAGAGAGCAAUUCAUGUGUAUCCUACACUGAAGAACCCUAUUGACUUUCAGAAACAUAGCUAUAACUAGUGGUACUGGAAGUACACGACUUGGAAGUGUAUGUAAAUUGCCUGAGAGCUGGUAUUGAAGCUGAUGCCUCCUUGAGGCCAUCUUGGACCAAGUUGUUCAUUUGACCUCUCCUCGUUAACUAUGGUAUUCCAUGUAAAAAGGAUGACCAUUAACUAUGAAGCAGAAUUGAAAUACAAUUUUUCCUAAAGGGACUUGCAACCUGGUUAUCAUUCAUUGUCUCAAGUUUCAAGUCACGUUGAUGCAAUAGUAAUUAAACUGCUCCAUUGUUUUUUGUUAUUUAAUAAAUACUCUUUCCAGGGCUUAAAAAAACCAAACUAAAUUUCUCCAACAUGUGUAUACUUGUCUAUUCAAAAUUAACUACUCACCACUAUAUGGAACAGAUGAUCCUGAAGACACAAUCUUUGAGCAUCCUUUAUCAUAUGUGUGACUUAAAAUGUGGCUGGAAAGUGUCCCUCUACCCAGUGAAAUAUUAAAAGAUUAGUCUUCAUACCAUCGACUCUUAUGUGUGUGAUAGGCAAAGUUUGACAUAGGCAUUUGACUCUAGGCUAUGAUAGCUUGCUAGUCUCCUCAAGUAGCAUAUUGUCAACCUGUUUGCUGGAAAGAUAGACUAACUUGGAAAAAAAUCUAUAAAUGGCAGCUAAAGAUUUUUUCAGUAUUACUGAGUUUCUGUCCUUGGGAUAUUUCAAUGGAAUUUCACCAGUCUCUUAGCAGAGUGGCUGACAUUAUUCCUUACUAUGAAGUAUUCUUAAGACAUUAAGAUUACUUUUUUAGAAAGGAUAAAAUUCCUGACUAUCCAAAUCAUCAUAGUGAACAAGACUUCAAUUUGUGACCUGAGAAAAGCUUAUUUCUCUACUUCAUAAUCAAUUUAAGGGCCAAAUGCUAUCAGCUACUCUGAGUGCACUGGGUAAAUGUUGGAACUGCCUUCUUUAUAUCCUUGUUUCUUAUCCUCUAAACUAAUCAUGGUUACAUGAUUCUCACCACAAAUCAAAUCAGACUCAGAUCUUGUUAUUCUAGACUGCUCACAAUUAACAAAUCAAACUCUGGAUGACUUCUGCUUGUAUAUGCAACUACUAUUUGUAAAGAAAUUACAGAUUCACUUUUCUAUUACCUCUACAUUGCUAGCUCUUUCUUUGGUGUUUGUAUUAAAAACAAAACUAAGCUACACUGCCAGCUAUUCCCUCCUGCCAUACUCAGUUAAAACAAAGAAUCAGGAAUCUAAUCAGUGAUUGGAUAAGUAGAAAAAAACAAAACUUAAGGCAAAAGCCUUAAUCUAGGGCCUUUUCUACUAUCUUCUUGUCUUGGAUUUCAUCUAAAUCAAUGCCACCCAACCAGUCUGAGGUCUUGACUUGUUUUUAAGAUGAUUCUUAGAGACGGGCUGUAUUACAGAAGGUGAAGACUUGAUUACCAAAGAAAGUAGAGCCAACUAUGACAAACCUGACUCUACGAUCCUAUUGUUCCCAGAUGUAGCAUAAACUCAUAACUAGAACCUCAAGUCUGCAAUGAGGAUAUAGCCUUCUAAGCUGACAGUUCUUGCACAGAUGAGCAAGAAAAUGAAAGCUGCUAUACCCAACUGGCCCUUUAAGAUCCAAAAAUGUCUGGACUAAACCCUGUGGAGUACCCAGGACAAAAACUAAUUUACAAAGCAUCAUUAUUAAUCUCCCUGUUCUUCUAGAUUAUAGUUUAAUUAUUGGUAUGGCUGGCCCUGCUGAAGUUUACCUAUCUUCAGCUCUUAACCUGCCUUUUUUGACAUGCUACUGCAAUCGGAUUAACUGGCUAUGAGAAGACUACAGUCAGUUUCAGCCUCUCUCGUGCCCAAUUCCACCAAGGAAUUUUGACUAGAAGGAACCCGUACCUCACCCCACCAGAACAGGAAGGACCAUGCUGCAUAUUCCUUGACCAGCAAUGUUGAGAAGUAGAGAACAACCCUGCUUAUUUUCAACACCUGAAACAUCUGUUUGAUCUAAUAGGAGUAUAGAAUGUUGACAGCAGAGUACAUUGCUUAUUUCUUUGGUAACUCAGAAAUGAAUAUGAUUGGCCCGGAAAUUGUGAGGUUCACCUUGACAAGAAACAGCAACACCAGAAGUUUACUGCUGAACUUAAUUUGCCACUAACUCAAAUUGCCUCACAGACCUGCUUGCCAAGUAGGAGGCUAGUUUUCCUGCUUCAUAUCACCAUUGUAGUGGGGCUCUGAUAAUGACUUAAAUGGGGACCUUACGGUGAAUCCUAGACUAUGAUGUUAAUGGAAAUUGUCUAUUCAAGUGAAUUGUAGGUUUCCUGAGGACAGAACAGACAUCACUCCUGGUGAUAUUUAGAAUUUGAUUACCAAGGAAGAAAUACCAGCUGCUGAAAGUCAACUUUAUGGGCAAAGAUUACUCUCUAUAUCUGGUCUUAUCCUGGAUGUUAGUUUCUUAUUGCCCAGCCACCAUUUCCAUCUCUUAACUUCCUGAUGUUUUUUGGAACCAUCUCCAAUUUUCAGUCCUUGUGGUUUAGACAGUCUUUUUGUGCUGGACAUUUUGUUGCAACCUCAUCAAUCACAGCAAAGUCCAUCUUGACUCUAGUAAUUAGUUCAGGAAUGGAUGCAUGAUUCAAGUUUGUCCAAUGAUAAUCAACCCUAGGUGUUUUCUCGGUUGUGGAGAAGUUCUCUUAGAUGCUUUAGCUUUGUAGGAGAAAACUCAAACCAACAGGGCCUACUAUGUUGAAUGAGCCAGGCAGAAAAUGAAGCCAGUACAGAGGGAAAUGGAGCCAAAAGAGGAAGAGACUUGAGUUCUGAUGACCACAUUUAUGCCCCUGUAUCCAACUGUGCCUGAAGCUAAUAGUACAUCACCUGGACUUUUCAGUUAUGUGAACCAAUAAAUUCCCUUUUUUGUUUAAGUUA